GGGUGGCCAUAACGAGGAGCACGCACCAUCGGUCCUCCUCUCCCACUCUCGCUCUCCCCUUGCGCCUUAGUCGCCCUCGCCCUCGCCUCUUGUGCUUCGUCGCAUCUGUUGUUGUCGCUGCUUGCAUCAUCUGCCAGCAUGGGUCACGAGGCGGUGUGGAACUCGCACCCUAAGGGCUACGGCCCUGGCUCCCGCACCUGCCGGGUGUGCGGGAACUCAUGCGGAAUGAUUCGCAAGUACGGCAUCAACACUUGCCGUCAGUGCUUCCGUAUCUACUCCAAGGACAUUGGAUUCGUGAAGUACCGCUAAAUGGGAACGCGGAGCGCUCAUAUUUUCUGCUGUGGCGCAGUGGAGUUAAGAAAUAGGUGAUUUGUACUGAGGCAACCAAUGCUUUGAGGAGCUCUUUUAAACGGCUGAUUACGCUAUGGAUAUUUUACCUGAACAGAGUCCAUGAAAUUGCCACCCAUGUUUGUGUUCA